AUGGACGCCCAGGCAGAGCCCGCGAGCGCGCGCUUCCAGUGCCAUCUGUGCGCGGCAAAUUUCCGCCGCAUGCAGCACUUGCAGCGCCACCUGUCAUCCCAUGAGACCGCGCAGCCAUUCGGUUGUCCCUUCUGCCAGGGGCUGUUCACCCGCAGGGAUACUCUCAACCGACACUGGAAGACAUGUAAAGCUCGCCUGGCAAGCGGGUCAGGUAUUCCGUCCUUGGCUAGCAAAGCCAGGGGCAAGAAGCGAAAGGCAUGCGACCGCUGCAUGAGGAUGAAGCGCGCGUGUAGUGGCUGCCAGCCGUGCGAGACUUGUGCCGUGAAAAACCAGGAUUGCCACUAUACGGAGACAUAUCGAAGCCUUCCAAAGAAUCAAGAAACCCAGUCCUUUCAACUGGUGCCUCAUAAUGAGCGCAAUCUAGAUGGGAAUGGGAUGCCUUUUGACCGUCGAGCCGGGUUCUCGCUAUCGACUGUCUCGCUUCAUUUACCGGAUGAGCUUUUCGCUGGCGCUUCUCAUCCUAAGGCUACCCACCGAUUCGAGUUCCUAGUGUUCGUGGCAAAUGGGACUGGCUUGGCUGAUUCAUUUGGUGGUCGCGCCAUAGCUGGACUUGGACCCAUGAUUCCAGGUGCCAUGGCCCUCAGCCGGUAUCCAGCCCAAUUCUACGGAUUCGGAGAUGACUCGCUCAGAAUGCCAGUUUCAAGUGGCGCACACAUAGUGCCGACGUGGAGUUCUUCGUUAGAUAAUGUGCUCCUUGCUCAACCUCCAGUACAGCCGGAGCCUUUACACGAAUGGGCCACUCACCCCCUGGGCUAUAAGGCCCAGGAGAUGGUAAGCAGAAUCAAAGCAGCCGUGCUAUAUAAGCCACGGCGGAGCUCUAUUACUUUCGAAUGGUCAUUCAUGAUGGAAACCAUGUGUUUUCAAUUCUUCUCGCCCCAGAAUAUCGCUCGGCUCCUAGAAGAAUUUUGGGUAUCGUGGUAUCCCCACACCCCGAUCAUCCACAAGCCCACCUUUCAUGCCGCCGAGGCCUCGCCCAGUCUUCUCCUUUCCAUGGUCCUUGUUGGAGCAUCCUUUUCUCCAUGCCCUUCUGAUCGCCAGAGCGGGAAGAUAUGGGUUGAUGCCAUCGAGGAAUUGAUAUUUGACGAUGAGUUUCUUCAAUACGAAUACGACGGCCUUCACAACCAAGACGAUGAGGUGCAUAAUGUAAAGAGGCUUGAGACUUUGCAAGCAGCCUUCUUAGUGUGUCUUUGUCAGAAUUGGGAGGGGUCUGAGAAGGCUAUGGAGCGACUCCGGCGCCGGCGAUAUAGCACUGUGAUAGCACUUGCGAGAGACUUGAAGCCUGCUUCUGGAGUUCAUCAUGACUUCCGCGACCUUAAGGCUCCCAGUCAACUUGCCUGGGAAUCCUUUAUUAGAACGGAGGUGAAAAUCAGAACUCUGUCCUUUGUUUUCCUCUUGGAUACCGCAUUCGUCAUGUUCUAUAACACCCCGGCAAGAAUGUUUGCCACCGAGUUGGAGAUGAACAUCAACAGCCCAGAGCCGGUGUUCUUAGCAGAAACCGCCACGGAGUGGUUCUCCAGUCUACAGAGUUGGAUGAGGGAGACCCCCAGCUAUCCCAUUACGGUUGCUGCAUUGGUUGAGGGGAUCUGCCAACCACAUCUGGAACCUUCCCAGCAGCACGUAUAUAGCCAUUUAAGCAUGCUGAAUCUCUUUGUGCUUAUAUCAGGUAAGACUAGCCUCAUGACUACAUCGUCUCCUCACAGGAAACACUCAACUGACAUCUUGAACAGCGCUGGGAUCAUCAAUGUUCCAACUGAAGAACUCCCUUGCGCCGCCGAAGCAGCAUUCAAAAACAUCCAGCACGGAAUGACCAACUGGAAGCAUGCGUGGGACCAGAUGCAGUUCAUGCUUGGCAUAUCUGAUCAGCAAUUGGAAAAUGCCAGUAGUUCUGGCGGCGCCAUGUGGAGACAUGUCGGGUUCAUGAAGAGUGCGUGGGAGUAUUGGCUCCUUUGCACUGUUAUGAUGAAAUGCAUCCGCGCCGAGUCAGACAAGAACCCUUUCACCAGACGAGCACUGAACAGAGUCGAUCAGUCGGGGAUGGGACAAUUGAAGCAGCUGAUCCACCGAUUUAAUAAUAUGUCAGUGGCUUGA